AUGGCUUCGGAACAGAGUCCAUCAGACAUUCUACGGAAAAGUCGCAGAACGCUCAUUGACAAUCUGAAAGAGCAACCAAACGUUCUCCUUGAUGAGUUUGAUGCAAAGCUCAUCUUCACAGUGGAUGAGUAUAAUCGUAUUGAUGACAUCACAGAUCCCAAGGAAAAGAUCAGAACAAUUAUAAACACUGUGGUUCUGAAGGGAGAGGAGACUUGUGAGAUCUGUCUCAGGGUUCUGCAAAGUUUACAGAGUGAAUUCCCAGGAGUGGAUGAAAUAUUGGUUGGAUUUAAUCUUGCCACAAGAGUCAAAGAAAACAAUUUUCAGGAAGUGCUUUCCAAGCUGAAACUACAGAAGUACUUGAGAGAGAAACUUUCUUUAAGCAAAAUUCUUGAAAUUGGCCCAGAAACCAUAGUGUGUGCAAAGCCACAAAACUUGGAAGAUAUUCCGUGGUAUUUUCUAAAGAAACUUAUGAUUCUCAAUUUGACAGCCAGAAAUAUCAAAUGCUCAGCAGACAUUCCUAAACUGACCGUUGAUCAAACAAAUUUUUCUGACCUUUUUGAUAUCACGGGAAAAGACACUGGCAAUGCAUGCAAUCUGCUGGAUGUCAUUACUGCAGUUUUCCUUUGUGCUGACAGCAUCCUGCAGCAAGAGAUGAUGAUGAAGAUGUCUAUGUGUCAGUUUGCACUGCCUCUCUUACUGCCAGAUUACAGCAAGGACAACAGCACCCUACUGCUGUGGGCCAUGCGUUUCAUUGUGAAGAAGUGGAGACCUCAGUCACUCGAGGCGAGUAAAGGAUUCAAAGAGGCAACAAUAGCAACUACGCCAAUGCACGUUAUUUCAUUUAUUCGCCUGGGUGAGUGCAGCACUUCCAAAUCAAAGAUUCUCAACGAGGUAUUAAGUAACCCCCACCAUCAUCACAACUUCUUUGUCACUCACAGCAUGGAAUGUGGUGAUAUUCCUCGGAAAAUUUCGGAUGGAUUAGUGGAGUUCUGCUGCUACCUCCCCUGUGGCAAGAGAAAUAUUGAUAUCUUCACAGAACCCGUCCUCAUUGCCAACCUCCGUGGUGAUGCAAGUACGCUACGCUCCCAAGUUCAUUUCCUGGCUCAGGUAUCCUCAGCAGUCUUUAUAUUUGUCGAUCAGGUCGGUGCCAACGAGUUCGCUUUUUUGGAGUCUGUCGCUGAAUUGGAAAUGCGAUACUUCCUCAUCAUCAAUCCACAGCCGGACCAGCAGGUUGUUACAAGCAGAUUUCUCCAGAAAUUGGCUCCAUUAAUGAAGUUGGAACGAAACCACAUUAUUGUUAAAAAUAAGAAUGUGAACACAUCAUUGUUUGUUGAAGAAAUCCGAUCGAGAAUCCAGGAGACUUUGGAAAACGCCACAGACUGUGUGAGCAUUGAGGGGAUGGCUGAUGUAGCUCGCAAAUUACAGAUUUUAGUGGAUGAAGAUGAGCCACGCUGCCACAGUGCUAAAGAAGUGGCAGAGGCUGCCAUGGGAGACAUGCGAAGUGUGGCAGCGUAUAAGAUGGAAAAACUACCCUUACAGGGAGAGCUCUGGAAGAAAUGGUCGAAGAUAGACAAGGAGCUUUGUCGCCAGAAGAAGCGUGGUGAUACGCCCGUUGAGGCAUACAACUCCGAACUCAGACUUGAACUAACAAAUUUGCGGAAGAAACAGCAAGAGUAUGACAUUACGGAAAACCUUUCUGAGUUUGUCGCAGUAAUGGUAAAUACGAGCCACGAUGAAAGACACUUGUUCCUGAAAUGGAUCAAAUAUCUUCUCGAUGCCACCGCACGAGAAGAGCUUUCUGAAUUACGUGAAGCUUAUAAACAACUAUAUAAAGCAUCACCUGGUGCAACCAAAAAACUCUCAGAGCUCGACAAACAAAUAUCAGACAGUUCUCUAGGGCUAGAACACUUCAUGCGGGAAAUAGGACAGAUUUAUGAAGCUGAGGCAACUCUAGUUCAGGAACACAUUGUGUCAGAAAACAAUCGUCAGUAUACAUCGCUUCCUAGUGUGGUUGCUGAUCUCAUGUUAGAUGGCUUUCCACUUGAACUUCUAGAUGGUGAUGCGUCCAGCAUUUCUGAACAAUGGGUCAGCGCUGUGCUCACACAUCUUUCAGAGAAACUAGGACCAGAUACUAAAAUAGUUGUUCUGACUGUCCUGGGUGUACAGAGUACAGGGAAGUCUACCCUCUUGAACACUAUGUUCGGUUUGCAGUUUGCAGUGAGCAGUGGGAGAUGUACAAGAGGAGCCUUCAUGCAGUUGAUCAAAAUUACAGGAGACCUGAGCAAGGAGAUUGGUAGUGAGUACCUGAUGAUUAUUGACACUGAAGGAUUAAAAGCUCCAGAACUGGCAAAGCUGGAGGACAGCCAUGAACAUGAUAACGAACUUGCUACGCUGGUUGUUGGACUAAGUGACGUUACAUUAGUCAACAUGGCGAUGGAAAACUCUUCUGAAAUGAAGGAUGUCUUGCAGAUAGUGGUGCACGCCUUCCUGAGGAUGAAAGAGGUAGGGCACAAACCAAACUGUCAGUUCAUUCAUCAAAAUGUGGGAGAAGUGUCAGCACAUGAUCAGAACAUGAGAGACAGGAAGCAUCUCCUGGAUCAGUUAAAUGAAAUGACAAAGGCAGCAGCAAAGAUGGAGAAGAAAGACCAUGAAUUCACAAAGUUUUCAGAUAUCAUGGAAUAUGAUCCUGAAAAGAACAACUGGUACAUUCCAGGCCUCUGGCAUGGUGUUCCUCCCAUGGCACCGGUAAACACUGGCUACAGUGAAAAUAUAUUUGACCUAAAGAAAUAUCUGUUUGAUUUGUUUAAGCAACGCAGAGAAAGAAAAGAACCAUUUACGAUUCACCAAUUCACAGAAUGGAUGAAGGCUUUAUGGAAUGCAGUCAAGUAUGAAAAUUUCAUUUUCAGUUUUAGAAACAGCCUAGUUGCUGAUGCUUAUAGCCAGCUCAGUUUGAAGUACUCGGAAUGGGAGUGGCAAUUUAGGAAAAGCAUUCAUUCCCAGGUAGAAAAGGCCGAGAACAACAUUGGGAAUCACCCUCUUGAUCAGCUUGAUGAUUUGUACCAGACUCUGAUACAAGCAACAAAUAAAAUUCUUCAGGCGCAAAAGCAAAUGAUUCUCACACAUCUGGAAAAAUACUUCGACAGCAAAGUAGACAACAUCCAUCUUGUGGAGAAAUUCAAAAUGGAUUUCACCCUGAGUGCUGAGAGUUUGCGAAAUGAGCUUGAGAUUUACAGCAAGCGCAAAUGUGAGGAUGCAAUUCAGAGGUGCAAAGGCAUGGCCAAACUGGAUAACAUACAGAAGGAGUAUCAGGGGAUUAUUCAGAAACAGGUCUGUGAACUGCUACAAAUGUGCAAAGAGUCGAAUUCUGAACUCAAUGACAGUAAACUCAAGGAAAAGUUUGAAAAGAUGUGGACAGAAACAGUAAAACCACUUCAAGCAAUGUCAUUCAAAAAACAGAACAUCGAAAUUGAGUUUGAAAAUCAACUGCAACAAAAUCUACGCCAUCGGGGCAGUGCAGUGUGCCAGAGAUUACAUACCGCUGGGAAACUAUUUGAAAAAGGACAAAUCAAGUUUAAAGUUACCAAGGAUCAUAUUGAGAGGGGUUAUUGGCAAAGAUUUAAAGACUUUUUUACAAAUGGGUCUAGCAAUGAAGUGCAAGUGUUUGCAGAUCAUUUAAUUGAAUACGCUGAGCAGUUUGCACUGGAAAAGCAGAAAGCAAAAGUUGACUUCGAUCCAACUUACUGUCAAACAUUGCUGAAAAAUACUGAUGAAACGUUACUCAGUGGGAAAUGGCGCAACUUUCACAUGAAUGUUAACUUUGAGGUAGAUCUAAAGCUGCAUAUGUGUGGUUAUGUCCUGCCGAUUUUCCAAAAGAUGCACCAAGAUUUCUUCAGAGAGAACGAUCCACUGACUUGUCUGACAGCAAUGAAGGAUGUCUACUAUUCCACUUUUAAAGAUAUUUACCACGAAAAAGAUCAAAGUCAGAAAAGGGCUCAAGCUCUGUGCAGCAAUUGCCUCCAGCCCGCACUUCAGAAAGCCAUUGACAAAAAGCUUGGUGUGGAGAUUGUCGAAGAUGUAAAAACCAGCUGUACAAACCAUGAAAUGAGCAACAGAGCCUAUCUCCAAGCUGUGAUUCUACUGGAUUUGCUGGAUGAGCACCGUGUGGAAAAUUACAUACAAUAUAUCAAAAGCUAUGAGCAUUUUGCAAGACAGUGGAUCAGGAAAAGAAUAAUAAAGAAUUACACGGGAACAACUAAAAUUAUGGAGAUCAUCACAAAAAUAAUCCGAGCACUGAUACGAAAGACAAAAGAUGCCAUAAAACAAGCAAUGUUGACGGAGAAGGAGAACGUGUCAGAAUUUUUAACAGAAUUUUGUGACAUUUUGAAGAAUGAUUUUGUGAUUAACAAGGAGAGUUUGGAAAUUGUACUCUUUCAGAAUGCUGUCACAGCCAGAGAGUUUGCUGCUGAUUUUACUGCAGCCCUGGAUGACGUGGAGCAGAAACUCACAUCAGACUUUCACAAGAAUUGCGACAUUGAAGAAGUUCUGCCACGUCUGCCAGUGCAGCCAGAUGAAGAGAUCUUCCGCCAAGUUCUCGGCUGUGGGAAGCUAUGCCCAUUCUGCGGAGUACCUUGUGAGCGUGGAGGCUCAGGACAUAAGGAGCAUUUUGCUACAACACAUCGGCCUAAGGGACUAAAUAGUUAUCGCUAUAUUGACAACAACAAGCUUGUGGCGACAGUGUGCACUUCUGCAGUAGCAUCUGACAGUUCAUUCCGCUGUGCAGCGACAGAAUAUACAUUCCAUCCCUAUAAAGACUACCGCAGUGUAAAUGAUUAUUUCGCUUCCUGGGAUAUUCCACCUGACACAAGUAUCCAAGCAGCAGCCUACUGGAAAUAUGUCCUGUCUACUUUUAAUAGCGAGUUUGCAGAAGCUUACAAGGUCAAAAAGGCUGAUAUUCCUGUUGACUGGAAAAAUAUACAGAAAGAAACUGUAAGGGCAGAAAUUGUGAAAACAUACAACAUGUUUAGGAAGAAAGAACUGAAAUAG